AACAGAAACCAUAUUAGUCGUUCGUGAGAUAAGCACUACGUCGAAGUUCAUAUGUCAAGUUACCAGAAUUCAAUAUAAUAUCUAAUGGUAACCGGUUGUACAGUAUUGCCCAGCACUUACAACUCUCUAGACGUGUGCAAUACAGUUACAUACUAAUAUCGUUGGUAAAAUUCUACACAAUGUUGCUGAGUACAAUUUGUAAGAACAAGUGGUCUGUCAAAUCGAUUUCGACAAAAAAUUCAUCACUUGAUGAAAUUUUGACGGACACAUUUGGUAGGAAGCAUAAUUAUCUUCGAGUGUCACUGACUGAACGUUGUAAUCUUAGAUGUGAAUAUUGUAUGCCACUCAAAGGUACAAAACUGUCGGAACAGUCAAAGUUGCUUUCAAAUAACGAAAUAGUCCGUUUAGUUUCGUUAUUUGCCAAAUAUGGGGUCGAUAAAAUUCGAAUCACUGGUGGAGAACCUACAGUGAAAAAGGAUAUUAUUCAAAUAGUUGAAUCACUCAGAAAUAUCAAAACACUUAAAACCAUUGCGAUGACCACGAAUGGUUUAACUUUAACAAAAUAUUUGGUGGAUUUCCAACGAGCUGGAUUAAAUGCACUAAACGUUAGUUUAGACACGUUGCAACAAAAUACGUAUGGAAAAAUCACUAGAAGAGACGGUCAAUUAUUGAAAAGGGUAUUGGCGGGCAUCGAUUUGGCAUUGCAAUUAGGAUUCAGUCCAGUUAAAGUGAAUUGCGUAUUGAUGAGAGGAAUAAAUUUCGACGAAUUACGUGAUUUUGUUGAAAUGACCAGACACCGGACAAUCAGUUAUCGCUUUAUUGAGUUCAUGCCUUUUUCAAUGAAUGACUGGGACGAAAAGCGAAUGGUACCUUAUAAAGAGGCAAUACGAGAGAUUAUGAAGUCGUAUCCUAAUUUCGAACCUUGCAAUAAUGAGCCAAAUUCAACUUCAAAGAUGUAUCGGGUGCCAGGAUUUGUAGGUAACAUUGGCUUCAUAUCGUCCAUGACCGAAGAUUAUUGCGAUAGCUGUAACCGACUCAGAUUAAUGGCAGAUGGAAAUCUUAAGGCAUGCUUAUUUCAAAAUAACGAAAUUAGUUUGAGAGAUCCGCUUCGAGAAGGAGCUUCAGAUGAAGAGUUACUAGACAUCAUAUCAAACGCUGUGAAUGACAAAAAGCGGAAACAUGCUGGAAUGAAAAAUCUUCCUCGUAUGCCAAAUCGCCCAAUGAUCUUGAUCGGCGGAUGAGUAAUUCCGACAACACAUACAUCACAUAAUGCAUUGCUUAUAAUGUAAGACAAAUAUUUUAAGGUCUAAAACCUUUAUACUUAUGCCGCAGUGCGGAUUUACCAAAGUCCAGAAGUGUGCUCAUCUUCUUUUUUAACUGGAAGGAGAGAUAUAAAAUUAUGAAGUACAUAAUUUUACUUUAAUGUUUAUAUUUAAACAUUUUUUAAAUUUUUUAUUUAGAAGUUAAUAAUAAUUAUUAUAUUACUCAAAAUUAUAAUUUAAUAACUGCAGAUAAGACUAAACUUUAUAUUAAACUAUUAUAUUCGAAAAAAAAUAUCAAAUAAAUGUUUAUAUAGAUUGGGAUGAAUGGAUAUAUAUUAUACAUAUAUGUAUAUAUUUUUUAUUAGAAAAUCAAUUAUUGGUUAUUGAUCUCUAAAUGAUGGCAAGUCCUGGUCUCGACAUAUUUUAUUCGGAAGGUUAGAUAAGACCUAACUAAAUAAAAAACAACUAAUAAGACAUAAUAUUAAAAUGUCACUAGCAAUAAUAUUUAUUGGAAAAAAAAACUAAAAACAAAUCAAAAAUGUCAAAUAUUUAUGUAAAUAAAUAAUAAGUCAAAAUAUUUUGAAAUUUUACAUCGUACCUACAUGAAAAUUGUUGAACAUAUUUUGAUGAAAAUGUCAUAAUUAUUCAUUUUUAAUAGCAAUAACGCAAAUAAAUUAUAUACAUUUUGUUUAUAAUAUGAUGGAAUACCUAAGUUAAUAGUCCAAACAUCAGUGAUUUAACAUAAAGUAUAACUUUUUUAGAUCUUUUCUGAUUUCUUAUAGGUAUUGAUUUAAAAUAUGAAAAUUUAAAACUUUGUACUGUGUAAUCGUAUUACUUAUAUUAUAUUAUUUUAAAGAUAUCUUAAUAGCCAUAACGACUUAAAUGGCUUUUCACCGCGAGGCUGUAAUAAUAUAAACCCAAUUUCACUGUUAUAGGCGAACAGAUAAAAAAAAAAUGUAUUUACUACUUAAAGAAGUCUGAUUGUUAAUUAUUAAUUAACUUAUUUAUUUUAUAUUUUUAAUUAAUAAAUCUAUCUACGACCCUGAAAUGUAUUUUUAAUGAUCCAUGAGUCCACGACGAUGUCAAAAAACACACACAAUUAAAUGCACACUAUAUUGUUUUGUCUUAUGAUGCGUAAACUAUAAUAUUAGUAUUCCCACGGUUUUUGAACGAUUUCCGUGAAUCCUCACACGUCCACGUUUUCGAGAAUCACCCGUUCUUACGCUUACUCAAAAGAAAAAAAAAACAGAUUUUUAAUGUGCAAACAUUUUAAGUCGUAGCGAGUUUCGAGGGUGUCCUUAAACGCGACGAGGCGGUGGACUAGUUUUUGAUUUUUGUUUUUUUUUUUUUUCUAACUCAAUUCACUUGGCGCCGUCAUACUCACAUAAUAGAUAGGUACCUACAACACAAAAUGUAAGUCGGUCGAAAAUGUUUUUCC